CUUGUGUGUGUCGGACUUCUAUUGUUGCAGGUUGCUUCACUCGUGAGAUACUGAGACUUAGAAAACCCCCCUCAUUCAUGCUGACUGCACUCCGAUCGACUGCCGCGGCGGCUGGUCGCAGAGCACUCUUGCUGCGAGGCAAAGCCGGCGCUGGACAAGGCUCUGGCACUGCGUCUGCGUCGCCGUCGUCGUCGUCGGAACCGGACUCUGGACUUGGACCAGGACUUGGAUCUGCAUCGGCAAGUGCGCCGGUGGUGGGACUGUCGCCCGAGCUGCAGGCAAAGGCUUGGGCGCGUGUGCUUGGCGACCCGAGCCGUGGAUCGACGACUGCGCUGCCAGUCCCGCCCGCGAUCGCCAAGAAACUCGAGGGUGGAUCACCGCACAGCCAUCUGGCCAUGGUGGCCGGCAGGAGGACGUCCGCGCGGCGUGGAUCGACAUCGACCAACGCUGCAGUAGAGCCGGAGCCAGGUCGCAGCAGCCACCACGAACCAGCUGCAGCUGGGAUGCGAGCAGAUAGGACAGUGCGCAGCGAUCAAGAUGGAGAAGCCAGCCAUGAGCCGACAGCACGAUCGGCCAAGACGCCGCGCAAGCCUGCGCCACUCAAGACCAAGCCGACCUUCUUUGACUCGCAGACGACAAGUGCUGCUGCAGCUGCCACGCUGCGGCCAUUCGCACCGCAGUCGAAAAGUGCAUUGAGAAAGGCUAGUGCGAGCAAUGAGGCUCUAGCCGAGGCGGCAUUGCCUGGCACUCAUCCGCCAACCUCCUCCCCAGUGGUCGCCGACUCGCCAAGUCUGGUCGGACCGAACAGCGCCACCGACAGCACAACAAGCAGCCCUCCUGGCAGUGACCGUGAUUCGGACGCUGUCUCACAGCAAGCAACGCUGCUGCUGGCCAACAACAGCUCUACCGCCGACUCCCAGAGAUUCCUUGCAGCACUGCUCGCUCGAGACAUCCCGGCAGUGCGCACGCUCUUGCACCAACAUCCAGAGUACGCCAACAAGACUAUUGGAAACGGCUUGACGGCGCUGGUGUAUGUGGCUUCGCGCGGGCACGUCGACAUGGUGCGAGAGCUGCUGGCAGCAGGCGCAAACGUGGAUGCAACGACGGGGCCCACGCAAGCCACCGCGCUUAUGCUCGCCGAACUCUCAGCCGUGCGAUACUUGUUGGCCGGUAAAGCCGAUGUGAAUGUGGCAGAUACCGACGGCAAUACGGUCCUGAUGCACCAUGCCGUCCACGACAACUUUGCAGCUCUCCCACCGCUGCUGCUCGCCGGUGCUCCCGUCAAUGCGGUCAACAAGCGUGGUGAGACUGCUCUUCACCGUGCCACCAUGGCAAGCCAUGUCCACUGUGUUCGGGUCCUGCUGGCGGCUGGUGCCGACGCGAACAUUCUUGAUGCUGCUGGCAAGAAGGCUAUGGAGUACGCCUCAACCUCGACCAUACGUGCGUCAUUUGCCCCUGCAGCUAGAAUCGAGCCGUCCCACGCUCUCCCUCCGGUUGCCGAUGCAGCCGCCGCCUCCACGGCCAGUCCCAAGCUUGACGACCAAGCAGUACCGGUUGCUGCGAGCCCAGUUCCUGUUGCUGCGAGCCCAGUUCCUGUUGUUGCAAGCCCAGUUCCUGCUGCUGCAAGCACAAGCACUGGAGCUCCUCAAAAUAGCACCUCACCUGCCGUUGCAACUGCUCCAGCAAUGACUCGCAAUUCUCAACCAAAAACAUCGACUCAAUCCACACCAAGGCCUCAGGCGGAACGCUCAAUUGCAGCGCUUUCACCUGUUAUUACGAGACCGACUUCGGCUUCCAACACUGCUCCUCUUCCUCCUGCGACGGCUCGUUCAAAGACAAGGACAGACAUUGAGCAAACUGCGCCUCAGCCGCCACUGCGUUCACGGCCGACAGCAAAUGCAGACGCUCAUCCUAUUCCGAAGCGGUCUUUCUCAAAGUCCCCCGUCUUUGUCGCUACCAACGCAGGCCGAGCAGACCAGCUGCUGACCGUCGUGCAAGCCGGCGGCAAUGUGAAUGAAGUGGAUGCCAGCGGAGACACCCCACUCCUGAUCGCUGCACAACUUGGCUUCACUCAGUGUGCGCGUGUGCUCAUUGACGCUGGCGCCGAUGUUUCCGCGGUCACCCGUGAUUUGAAUCGGUCUGCGCUUUAUCUGGCUGCACAGCACGGCCAAUUCCAAACAGUUCGUUUGUUGCUCGCUAUGGGAGCCAAUUCCAACCACAUUGAUUCACUCGGUGGGACUGCGUUGCAGGCGGCUUGUGCACGCGCACAUUCCGACAUUGUUCGAGUCUUGCUUGCCCGCAGUGCCGGUCUCGCCGUUGGCCAACCCGUCAUUUCCGCAGCCGUGUCUGGCGCCCUGCGAUCUGUUGAACGAGGCUUGGAGGUUCUUGACCUGCUGCUCGCCGCUGGCGUCAACCUAAACGCGUCGAACAGUUUCGGAGCGACCCCUCUGAUGCUGGCCAUCCGAAAGGACGCGCCGCCAGCGGCCGUUUGCAAAGUUGCUGCGUGGUUGGUGGCUCACGGCGCAAAUGUUCAAGCCAGAGACAAGAAGGGGCGGACGGCACUCACUCUCGCCACAGAACUGUGUCCGAGUGCCGUUUCCAUCCUGCAAACCGCGAAUCGUCGGGUUUCAGGCGAAUCCCAGCCUUCCCAAGCCACCUCAAAGCAGGCAGCCCGCGUUGCAAAGCCUAGGGUCGCAGUAGCAUCAUCUGAGCCUCGAGCUUCGAAGCCUGGAUUGCGCUCAGACCUCAACCGCAAGUAGCUCUCAAUCUUGAUUCAAACAAAAUAAAGCUUCAAAGUCUGACGAUUUGUACGAAAUGCGUGGCUGUUGAUGAAUUCUGAAAUCUAAUUCAAAGUCA